AUGGCUGCGUUGGUUCAAACGAUCCCCCAACAGAGUGGCACGGUUCCUGUGCUCCAAACGCGUCCUUCCUCCUCCUCGGGCACCUUUGUCGGCCCUUCAUCACAAACAUCGGCCUCUCGUUACCAGAAUAUGUCGUGGGGCUCCUUUAAUGCGAGCAACACUGGCGGAUAUCGAGCCGGUAAUCCCGUGUCGUCCAACACCCAACCUCGCCAGUCCUGGUCCCCCCAUCUUCGUCCGGAACACCGCACCUUCUCGGCCCCCGUCAUCACCCAGGGUCAAGGGAAUCCCUCGUAUGCUGGUGUUGCCUCGCGAAACGUCAAUCCUGCAGCUGGUUCUGUAUCAACUUCCUCCAACUCUUCCUUUCACUCCCACAUCUCCAAGGACGACAGUGCCAUUCCCUCUAGGCAACCGAGGGCCGACCAGCCUCUUCGUCCCCUCUCCACCGCCAAUCUUCCUACUCCCUCCGUCAUGACCAUCUCCUCCCCCGCUGGUUCGGCCAAGCCAUCCCCAAACCGCUACCGUCGGCCCAAUCAAACGGCUCGUUCACAAUCACCGGUCUCGGCAUCGUCCCAGGUGUCUCCCCCAACAGAUGACCAGAAAAAUGCUACAACAGGUCUUCGUGCCCCGCGGUACAAUCCACAUCAUCGGGGGUUAAGUGCGGAUGAUACAUCCCAUGCGGAUAAGCAACAACCAGAUAUGGCCAAGCGGUACCGCCGUCGGAGUUUAGGAAACAUGGACCCCAGUACAUACCCUGACCUGAACCUCCAACUGCCCGUUUCUUCGUCCCCGCCAAACCAGUCCCAGUCUGGUGCUUACGACUUUAUCUCAUUCGACUCGAACCAGCGGCCCCGCUCAUCCCAUUCUCACCGCACCAGCUCAGGGAGUCAGCAUUCGGCGAACUCCUCGACCUCAUCGGUUCGCGAAUCAUCGCCCGAAACUAGUUCUGUCAAUAGCAAGAAUGGCAAGCCCGAAGAAAAACGAGUGGCCAAGCCUUCUCCAUUAUCCCAGCCCGCAUCCACAAACCCCGAUUCCCCAAUCACCGAACACGAGACCGACAAUAAAGAAAACAUUGCUUCCUCGCCGCCAUCCGAUUCUCCAGCAGCUAAACGCCUGACGGAACUCAAAAAUGAAUCUUCAAAGAGGCCUGGGAAGUCACGUUUGCGACGUGCAUUCUCGUUCGGCAGUGCAUCUGAGCUCCUGAAGCAAUCCAAUGCUACGAAGCGGGAAGCCAUUGCGGCCGAGAAGGCUCGCCAGGAGGCUCUACGGGAGGAACUCGGAGAGGAACAAGCAGCGAUCGCAGCACAGCAAGAAGCCAGUGGCCUAGGCGAAAGUAUCUAUAGUACUCAAGGAGGUCUCUUCUCUCGGUCAACCGAUGCUUUGUCUGUGUCAUCCACUGCUUCGUCGGCAUCCAUGAUGCUUCGUAAGAUGGGCAAGGGCGUCAAGAAAUCGGGCCGUUCUUUGGUCGGUCUCUUUCGUCCCAAGUCUGUCGCGGAUGUCGAGGGUGCCAUCAACCCAAUCACUCCCGAAAUUUCCGUCAUCAAUGUCGAAGCAGAGCGAGAGAGCGUCACGGUUAACGCAGACGUGGCUGACCUUCCUCGGGGUGGUACUGUCUUCCCCAAAGUCGGCGAUGGCAACAACCUGGAUGUUCGGCGAUCCGCCUCGAUUCGGGAGCGAGAUCAAAGAAUUGUGUCGGAUCCUAUCCCCCCAACUCGCAAGAGUAUCAUCGGUGGAGACUCGGAGCGGGCGGCCAUUCUUGGCGGUAUGAAGAGAGGCAUUUUGAAGAAAACGCAUUCCGAUCUCGGUGUCUCGUCGCCUGCACACGCAUUGAAUGGCAACGAUUCACCGCACUCUAGCGCCCCUACUACCCCCGAUGAGUCCGGACGACCCCGUCAGACUGAUCACGUCAAGAUUGCGGGCGAGGACUACUUCCUGACCGAAGGAGGGCGAUACAACUCUACUGACGCCAAGAGCGCCCCCAUCACUCCCCAGUCGGUCUCUGGGAGAAAUAUCGCUUUCAGCCCUCGUAUCCAGUUUCAUGACACCUGGCCCAGUGGCGAGUAUGACCGCCGAGGUGAAAUCGCGACUUGCAACCGCCUCACUCCUCUGCUUGCCCAACAGAUCCGGGAGGAAAUUAACAAUUUCAAAAUGGAGAUGGAGGUUCACGAAAACUCCAAGAUUUACACGCACUUCAUUUGA